ACUUGUAGUCACAGGGAUGACUAUCAUUGAACACUUGUAGUCACAGGGAUGACUAUCAUUGAACACUUGUAGUCACAGGGAUGACUAUCAUUGAACACUUGUAAUCACAGGAAUGACUAUCAUUGAACACUUGUAGUCACAGGGAUGACUAUCAUUGAACACUUGUAGUCACAGGAAUGACUUAGUUACUGUGUACAUGAAUUGUACGGGGAGAACUUGCAGCAGUAGUAAAUCACUUAUUUUCGUUUGUGUAAUCUUUCAAUGUCGUUAUAGAAUUUGUGUUUAGAAUAAAAAUUAUUUGAUGACUUUUAAAUUUUCCGAUAAGUCGUAAAGUGUAGUCAGGAGUGAUCGAGCGGAAUAAGUGUUUCCGUGGAUGUUUUUGAUUGUAGGUUAACAAUCACACGAGGACGUGUGACGUGUCAGAAUGGCCGUGUCGUGGAUAACGACUUUUAGUAAUAUUAAGAAGUUGUUUUGACUAUUAUUUUAAAUGAUGAAAUGUUGUGUUGAUAAAUGUCACAAAAUGUAGGGUACACUACGUGGCGCCACAGUAUAAAAUGGCGGUACGUGGACAGAGUCGUGGCAUUCCGUGUCAGACAGUCAUUCAGUCCGUAUCGGACGGUCGGUCCGUCUCAGUCAGUGAGUCUCUGGCAGUCAGUCAGUCGGUCUGUCGGUAUGUGCAACGAAACUGUCGGUUUAUCCUGUCAUUGUGAAAGUUGUGUGUGUUGAGUUUCACUAAUUAUUAUUAAAAAGCUUUAUUUACUAAACUGAGUUCAAUCGAAUACGAGUGAUGACGAAACUACCGCUCAGCCAUCCCUGGCGCGCUGCCGCCGACAUAUAUAUGUUUUUAACAUAAAAUGGACAGAACACCUGCUACGCACUGGUUGUCAUAUGUGUGAGGAAACAGAUUAACCAUUGGUCAGCUACUGUUACUGUUCCCUCCUCUCCUCUCUCACUCAUAGCAUUGAAGCUUCUGCAGAUACUGUAUCUGUAUCUGUAAAAAUAUCUAGGGUCACUAUCUGACUUAUAUCACUUACAUGCUUAUGUGCUGUCUAUCAGUGUAUGUCUGUGGGCUCAUGAUGAUGAUGAUAAUAAUAUGAUACAUGGUCAUGAAUGUUUCAAUGUUAACCUCCUGGAAGUAGCAUGGUUUUUCGAUUGAUUUACUUUUGUCUCCCUUGCAUCUUCAAUAAUAUAUGUUCUUACUUAAAAUUAUAUUCAUAAACUUGAACACAAAUAACUCUGUAACAUUGUACUUUGAGCAUACCACUGAUUUGCAAUUAAAAUGAAAAUGAGUAUGCAAUUAGAAUUAUUCAUCAUUUACAUUAUCAAAUAAGGCUCUUGUAUGUCAGUUGACAAUAUUGUGCUAGGACUAUAUGGAUCAGGGGUGAGCAAACUUUUUCCACAGGCGGCUCAAAAGUGUAGGAUAUUGAAUUGUUAUUGUCAAUAAUAUCAAUACAUAAAAAAAAAUACUAAACUUAGCAUUUCACAUAAUAUAAGAUUACUAUAUAACUUCAUAAGACUUCUUAAGAAAAUGUAUACGAAUUUACUAGUAAUAGUUUACUUAACUUAGUAAUUAAUUUUAGUUUGACACACUCAAUAUAAACCAGGAAUCUAAAGCAAAAGAAGCUUCCAGAUGCACCGUCACCAUCUAAUGCAUGUGAUUGCAGAUCGUCGGCUGGUAAAAAAUACUAUUACAUUAAGUAAGGGCAGUACAGAAAACGUUAAAAAAAGUAAUUUCACAUUUGCGAUUUAAAAAAAAAUACUAGUUUUCACAGGGCUCGAUCUGCAACAUUAAUCUGUAACACAUCAAGAUUUAUAUUGAUGUAAUGUAUUAUAUUUUAAUUACAAUUUUUUUUGCCAAGUGGUGCAAAAACCUAUUGUUUUUCAAUAUUUAUUUGUUAAUAGUACUAAUGCCAGCUCGUAGUGACAUAUUAAAUAAAAUCAGUUCACUCUUUUUUCGCUACCAAUUUUUUGGUAACAUGGGGGCUAUUCCAGGCGGGAAGCUGAUUUCACGGGCUCAGCUUGAGAGAAUUUGCUAACACUAGCCCUAGCAAAAGCAGACCGCCGCAGAUCAGUUGUCUAAUAGGAGAAUAAAACUAUUGAACUACUAUGUCUAGAAUUAUUAAGAACGAUUCCCUUGCACCCGACAAGUAUACCUACUUAGAAACCUUUAAUAACCAAUGAUAUAGUUUGUCUAUGCAGGAAUAAGGUAUGAUUUCGAAAAUCCCGAAAAAACUCUGAAAAGAGUUACGGAAAUCAGUUUUCAUUGGCAGGCUUCUACAUCUGUCUAAUAAAAUUAAAUGUCAAAAAGAAAAUAUUAACACGACCGCGCCUUACUUUAAUAUAUCCACGAUCCAUCGCUUAACCUACCAGAAAGCGCUCCCUGUUUCGUGUGUAUUGAUAUUGGUCAUCCACUAUACAACAACUGCGAAAUACCCUCAAAAUUUUAUUUAACAUUUACAAAUGAGCUGUAACUAUACUGAGACCUUAGAAGUUAUAUCUCAAGGUGGUUGACGCAUUUACGUUGUAGAUGUCUAUGGGCUCUGGUAACCACUUAACACCAGGUGGGCUGUGAGCUCGUCCACCGAUCUAAGCAAUAAAAAAAAUAUAGGUGGGGUGAUGGUACCUACCCGUGCGGACUCACAAAAGGUCCUACCACCAGUAAACAUUCGGACCAUAACGUAAGAAAUUUUAGCGUUAAGCGCUUUAUUCACGUUCGAUCUUGCUGUACGUCCCGCCAAGGCCAUGCACGGUGCACGAUGCGAAAGUACCAUGAAUAGGCUUGACGUACGUCGAUAAUUAUUAUUGUUUGCUGGAUUUGCACGACCAAUUUUGCAUCCAGCGAGUGCCCCCACCACCGCGAACGUCGUGCAGAUAGUGAAUAACGCGGACGUACUUCAAAGCGGUCCUGCGUGGUACGUGCUUGAUCGUGUAUAGACUUGCUGUACAGCAGAUUUAACACUUUCAAGAUUUAUUGAAUGAUAUAAGUUCCACUUAUUCUCUCCACGCUUGAUGCGCGCACGAUAGUCUGUAUGCUGCAUCCAGCACCGCGGCCUUGAGCUGACGUACAGCCGUGAUAGAUCGUGAAUAAAGCGCUUUAAUCUAUCGAAUCUCAGAAACCAAACCUCACGACGAACCUCAAAAAAAUAAAUAAAAAAUAAAAAGAGCGCGUCUUAACAUUUGGCACUAAGCACCGUUAAGCCCGCACGGAAGGUUCAUCGUACGUCAUCAAUCUAAGCGAACGGAAUGAGGAUACAAACGCGCAAUCGACGGAUACGAAUGUCAAUCUUCAAUUUGGACGGGAUAGAUUGAUGCCCGGGAGCUCGGAUCGUUAGAACGCCCGCUGAUUUAUUGUUGAGUUACGGCCGGUCCCAAUAUCGGAUCCUCGAUCGGGAGAUCGGUUCAAUCGGAGAUCGAAAACGAUUUCCCGAUCGAUCUCCAAUCUGCGUCCCAAUAACAACGGAUAGCAACAAUCGAUCGAUUUUCAAAAUGGAUCGCCGAUCGAUCUAUUUUGUGAAGUUCCCUCCCGUGCGUUCCAUUUCAAGCAGAUAUAAUUAUGACUAUGUUGUAAACCUAUUAAUGGAUUUAAGAAAAUAUGCAUACUUUUGGGUUUUGACGUACUAAUGAAUUAUUUAUUUGUUACGUAUUAUAUGAAUAAAACACGUGUUUCAACAUUUUCCAAGCAAAUUGUCAUAAACCUACUCAAGUUUUGGUAGCGGAGCGUAAUAAUAAUCUGAGAAACGAAUCGUCUCUCAGUGUCAUUUGACAUCAGAUUCAGUCAGUUUAAAAUUGAAGCUUUUGUUCGUGGUUUGUUGCUACAAGUAAAUAAUUAUCAAAAUAUUGAAUUAUUAAGUUAGUGAAGUGAAGUGAAAUACCAUGGAAAGUGUAAGUGCAAUGGCAUCAAGCAAGCCUCUCACAAAGGACGAGUCAAAAAUACUGCUUUCGUUUAUUGAAAGUAGUAAAAUUAUUUAUAAUAAAAGAACAAAUGCGACUAAUAACAAACUAAAAAAUGAGGAGUGGAAACGCAUAAGCGACCAUUUCAAUGCUGUGGUGACCACAUCCUACCGGACACCACAGCAGUUGCGUUUAAAAUGGGAAAAUCUUAAAAAGAAUUCCCGUAAACGCAAUACACAAAUACGUAUGAAUAACAUAAAGACUGGUGGUGGUGGUCCUUCCUACAUCCCCCCUGAUGAUGUGUUGGACAGGGUGGCUGCAUUAUUAGGAAGUACUGUAGAUGGGUUCACAGUAGCAUAUGGUGGUGAUGCUGAACUAAUACCAUGUGCCGGCAGUAGUAAUGGUGGUGGUGAUGAACAUGGUUUGGAGGGUGUUAUAGAUAAUGUAAUUGAUAAUGGUGCUGAGGUGUUGGAGUGUAACAGUGGUGUUGAGGUGUUGAAAGAGUGUGUGGUCGAAGACACAGGGCCUUGUUCAGUCACACCACCUAACCCCAAAUUUUUACACACUCCCAAAGCCAGCGGUUUCAAAAGAAAAUCAAAAUUUGAUGAGCACCGGGCAUCCAGAAACCAGGCAAUAGCAAAUUACUAUAAUGCAAAAACAAAACUUUUAGAAGUAAAAUUUGAAAAUAUUGUGUUAGAAAAUAAAAAAUUAAAAUUAGAAAUUGAUAAACUUAAGAAUGUAAAUUAACCUUAUUUUAUUUUAUAAGUUGAUAUUUUUGUUUGUAUUUUUAUGCAGGUCUUAUAUUUUUUAUUUUUUUUUGUGUUAUAAGUAAAUACCUAAUUAAGUUAGCAGUUAAAGUGAUGAUAAGUUUGUUCCAGUGUUUGUGCUAAGUAUAAAUAAUAGAUAAGUAUUUUCAUUUAUAAUAAAACAAAAUAACAGUUACAUACAAAAA